CACCUGUAACUACUCUCCUCUAGGCUUCUCAUCUUGUGAUGGGGGGUAUAUCAUGUGAAGAGCUUUUGAGUGGAGCAAAAGAAGGGAAACUACUUGGCUGCAAUAAAAAGAAAAAGAUGGCAAGAAAGAAGUUGAAAAAUUUUACUACUUUGGAGAUUGUGCUCAGUGUUCUUCUGCUUGCAUUGUUUAUCAUUGCUGUUAUUUUAAUUGUGCUUUUAGCCACAGAUUCUACAAAAUCAAAAGCCCCAGAUCCUGGAACAACUGGUAACCCAAUUCCAGGGACAACUGGUAACCCAAAUCCUGGAAUAACCAGUAACCCAAAUCCUAGGACAACUGGUAACCCAAAUCCUGGGACAACUGGUAUCCCAGGUUUGAGGACAACAAGUACCACUCCUGGUUCUGCUGAAUGCCCAGUGGUAAAUGAAUCGGAACGAAUAAACUGCAUCCCUGACCAGCUACCAACAAAGGCCACAUGUGACCAGCGCAGCUGCUGCUGGAAACCUCAGGGAGCUAUAAGUAUACCCUGGUGCUACUAUUCCAAGAACCACGGCUACCAAAUGGAGGGUGACGCUGUGAGCACAAAUGCAGGAUUCACAGCCCAGUUGAGAAGUCUGCCUUCUUCUUCCUUGUUUGGAAGUGAUGUCAACAAUGUCCUUCUCACUGCAGAAUAUCAGACAUCUAACCGAUUCCACUUUAAGUUUACUGACCAAACCAUGGACAGGUAUGAAGUGCCCCAUGAACACGUGCAGCCCUUCAGUGGAAAUGCUGCUACUUCUUUGACCUACGGAGUUGACGUCUCCAAACAGCCAUUUAGCAUCAAAGUGACCAGAAGAAGCAACAAUCGUGUUUUGUUUGACUCAAGCAUCGGGCCCCUCCUGUUUGCUGAUCAGUUCCUGCAGCUCUCCAUCCGACUGCCUAGUGCUAACGUGUAUGGCCUGGGAGAACAUGUGCACCAACAGUACCGGCAUGAUAUGAAUUGGAAGACCUGGCCCAUAUUUAACAGGGACACAACCCCCAAUGGGGAUGGAACUAACUUGUAUGGCACGCAGACAUUCUUCCUAUGCCUUGAGGAUGCUAGUGGAUUGUCCUUUGGGGUGUUUCUGAUGAACAGCAAUGCUAUGGAGGUUGCCCUCCAGCCGGCCCCAGCCAUCACAUACCGUACCACUGGGGGCAUUCUUGACUUCUAUGUGUUCCUGGGAGACACUCCAGAGCAAGUUGUUCAAGAAUAUCUAGAGCUCAUUGGGCGGCCAGCCCUACCCUCAUACUGGGCCCUUGGCUUUCAUCUCAGCCGUUACGAGUAUGGAACCCUAGACAGCAUGAGGGAGGUCGUGGAGAGAAACCGUGCAGCCCAACUCCCUUAUGAUGUUCAGCAUGCUGAUAUUGAUUAUAUGGAUGAGAGAAAGGACUUCACUUAUGAUCCAGUGGAUUUUAAAGGCUUCCCUGAGUUUGUUAAGGAAUUACACAAUAAUGGACAGAAGUUUGUCAUCAUUGUGGAUCCAGCCAUCUCCAACAACUCUUCCCCAAGUAAUCCCUAUGGCCCCUACGACAGGGGUUCAGACAUGAAGAUAUGGGUGAAUAGUUCAGAUGGAGUGACUCCUCUCAUUGGGGAGGUCUGGCCUGGAAAAACUGUGUUUCCUGAUUACACCAAUCCCAACUGUGCUGUUUGGUGGGCAAAGGAAUUUGAGCUUUUCUACAAUCAAGUGGAGUUUGAUGGAAUCUGGAUAGAUAUGAAUGAAGUCUCCAACUUUGUUGAUGGUUCAGUCUCAGGAUGUUCCACAAGCAACUUAAAUUAUCCCCCAUUCACUCCCAGAGUCCUGGAUGGGUACCUGUUCUGCAAGAGUCUCUGCAUGGAUGCAGUGCAGCACUGGGGCAAGCAGUAUGAUGUUCACAACCUGUAUGGCUACUCCAUGGCGAUUGCCACAGCCGAAGCUGUCAAGACUGUGUUCCCUAAUAAAAGAAGCUUCAUUGUAACCCGCUCUACCUUUGCGGGGUCUGGCAAGUUUGCAGCCCAUUGGUUAGGAGACAAUGCAGCCACCUGGAAUGACCUUCGGUGGUCCAUCCCUGGCAUGCUUGAGUUCAACCUUUUUGGUAUCCCAAUGGUGGGUCCUGACAUAUGUGGCUAUGCAUUGGAUGCCCCUGAGGAGCUGUGCAGGCGGUGGAUGCAGUUGGGUGCAUUUUACCCAUUUUCCAGGAAUCAUAAUGGCCAAGGCUACAAGGACCAAGACCCUGCCUCCUUCGGAGCUGACUCUCUGCUGUUGAAUUCCUCCAGGCACUACCUUAACAUCCGCUAUACUCUGUUGCCCUACCUAUACACCCUCUUCUUCCAUGCUCACAGCCGCGGGGACACGGUGGCCAGGCCCCUUCUGCAUGAGUUCUACGAGGACAGCAGCACUUGGGACGUGCACCGGCAGUUCUUAUGGGGGCCAGGCCUCCUCAUCACUCCAGUUCUGGAUGAGGGUGCAGAGAAAGUGACGGCAUAUAUGCCUGAUGCUGUCUGGUACGACUAUGAGACUGGAGGGAAAGUGAGAUGGAGGAAGCAGACAGUCGAGAUGGAACUUCCUGGAGACAAGAUUGGACUUCACCUUCGAGGAGGCUACAUCUUCCCCACCCAGCAGCCAAAUACAACCACUCUGGCCAGUCGAAAGAACCCUCUUGGUCUUAUCAUCGCCCUAGAUGAGAACAAAGAAGCAAAAGGAGAACUUUUCUGGGAUGAUGGGGAAACGAAGGAUACUGUGGCCAAUAAAGUUUACCUUUUAUGUGAGUUUUCUGUCACCCAGAACCGCUUGGAUGUGAGGAUUUCUCAAUCAACCUACAAUGAUUCCAAUAAUUUAGCAUUUAAGGAGAUUAAAAUCCUUGGGAUACAGGAACCUGUCAACGUUACAGUGAAACACAAUGGUGUCCCAAGUCCGACUUCUCCUACAGUCACUUAUGAUCCCAACCUGACGGUUGCCAUUAUCACAGACAUCGAUCUUGUCCUGGGAGAAGCAUACACAGUGGAGUGGGAUGUGAAGAUAAGGGAUGAAGAAAAAAUAGACUGCUACCCUGACGAGAGUGGUGCUUCUGCAGAAAACUGCACUGCCCGCGGCUGUGUCUGGGAGGCAUCCAGUUCUCCUGGAGUCCCAUUUUGCUAUUUUGUCAAUGAUCUAUACUCUGUCAGUGAUAUUCAGUACAACUCACAUGGGGCCACAGCUGACAUCUCCUUAAAGUCUUCUCCUUACACCAAUGCCUUGCCCUCCACACCUGUGAACUCCCUCCGCCUGCAGGUGACCUACCACAAGAAUGAAAUGCUGCAGUUUAAGAUUUAUGAUCCCAACAACAAUCGAUAUGAAGUUCCUGUCCCUCUGAACAUACCCAAGGCUCCGUCCAGCACCCCUGAGAGUCAACUCUAUGAUGUCCUCAUUAAAAAGAAUCCAUUUGGGAUUGAAAUUCGCCGGAAGAACACAGGCACUGUAAUAUGGGACUCUCAGCUCCUUGGCUUCACCUUCAAUGACAUGUUCAUCCGAAUCUCCACUCGCCUGCCCUCCACAUACCUCUAUGGCUUUGGGGAGACCGAGCACACAGCCUUCAGGAGAGACUUGAACUGGCACACGUGGGGGAUGUUUUCCCGAGACCAACCCCCCGGGUACAAGAAGAACUCCUACGGUGUGCACCCCUACUACAUGGGACUGGAGGAGGACGGCAGUGCCCACGGGGUGCUCUUGCUGAACAGCAAUGCCAUGGAUGUGACAUUCCAGCCCCUGCCUGGCUUGACAUACCGCACCACAGGGGGAGUUCUGGACUUCUAUGUAUUCUUGGGGCCAACUCCAGAGCUUGUCACUCAGCAGUACACUGAGUUGAUUGGUCGGCCUGUGAUGGUACCUUACUGGGCCUUGGGGUUCCAGCUGUGUCGCUAUGGAUACGCGAAUGAUUCUGAGAUAGCCAGCCUGUACGAUGAGAUGGUGGCUUCCCAGAUCCCCUAUGACGUGCAGUACUCAGACAUCGACUACAUGGAACGACAGCUGGACUUCACCCUGAGCCCUGAGUUCACUGGACUCCCAGCUCUGAUCAAUCGCAUGAAGGCUGAUGGGAUGCGAGUCAUCCUCAUUCUGGAUCCAGCCAUUUCUGGCAAUGAGACGCAGCCCUAUCCACCCCUCACUCGAGGCAUGGAAGAUGACGUCUUCAUCAAAUAUCCAAAUGAUGGAGGCAUCGUCUGGGGAAAGGUCUGGCCUGAUUACCCUGAUGUCGUUGUUAAUUCAUCUCUAGACUGGGACAGUCAAGUGGAGCAAUACCGAGCUUAUGUGGCCUUCCCAGACUUUUUCCGUAAUUCAACUGUCAAGUGGUGGAAGAGGGAAAUGGAAGAACUACACACGAACCCACGGAAUCCAGAGAAAAGCCUGAAGUUUGAUGGCAUGUGGAUUGAUAUGAAUGAACCCUCAAGCUUUGUGAAUGGGGCAGUUCCUCCAGGCUGCAGGAACGCUACUCUGAACUUCCCACCAUACAUGCCACAUUUGGAGUCCAGGGACAGUGGCCUGAGCAGCAAGACCCUGUGCAUGGAGAGCCAGCAGAUCCUGCCAGAUGGCUCCGCAGUGCGGCACUACGACGUGCACAGCCUGUAUGGCUGGUCCCAGACCAGGCCCACAUACGAAGCUGUGCAGGAGGUGACAGGACAGCGAGGGGUUGUUGUCACCCGCUCCACAUUCCCCACUUCUGGCCGCUGGGCAGGACACUGGCUGGGAGACAACACAGCUGCGUGGGACCAGCUGAAGAAGUCUAUCAUCGGCAUGAUGGAGUUCAGCCUCUUUGGCAUAUCCUAUACAGGAGCAGAUAUCUGUGGGUUCUUUCAAGAUGCUGAGUAUGAGAUGUGUGUUCGCUGGAUGCAACUGGGGGCGUUUUACCCCUUCUCAAGGAACCACAACACCAUUGGAACCAGGAGACAAGACCCUGUGUCCUGGAAUGCUAGCUUUGUGGAAAUUUCCAGAAGUGUCCUGGAGACCAGAUACACACUUUUGCCAUAUCUCUAUACCUUGAUGCACAGGGCCCACACAGAGGGCAUCACUGUUGUGAGGCCUCUUCUCCAUGAGUUUGUGUCAGACCAAGUGACCUGGGAUAUAGACAGUCAGUUCCUGCUGGGCCCAGCCUUCCUGGUCAGCCCUGUCCUGGAGCUCAAUGCCAGAACCGUCACUGCUUACUUCCCUAGAGCUCGCUGGUACGAUUACUACACGGGCGUGGAUAUUAAUGCAAGGGGAGAGUGGAAGACCUUGCCAGCCCCUCUGGACCAUAUUAAUCUUCACGUCCGUGGGGGCUACAUCCUGCCCUGGCAAGAGCCUGCACUGAACACCCACUUAAGCCGCCAGAAUUUCAUAGGCUUCAAGGUUGCCUUGGAUGGUGAGGACACUGCUGAGGGCUGGCUCUUCUGGGAUGAUGGGCAAAGCAUUGAUACCUAUGGAAAAGGACUCUAUUACUUGGCUAACUUUUCUGCCAGCCAGAAUACACUGCAGAGUCAUGUAAUUUUCAACAAUUACAUUGUCGAUACAAACCCUUUGAAACUGGGCUACUUUGAAAUCUGGGGAGUGGGCAGCGUCCCCAUCACCAGCGUCAGCAUCUCUGUGAGCGGCACGGUCAUAACACCCCCCUUCAACAGCAACUCCACCACCCAGGUGUUAAGCAUUGAUGUGACCGACAGAAACAUCAGCCUACAUAAUUUCAUUUCCUUGACAUGGAGAAGCACUUUGUGAAUUUUUAGAGCAAGAUCCUAACUAUGAAUGACUUUGAAACUACUUAUACUUCAUACUCAUAAAAUUGUGUGUUGCUAAUUGGUUCAUGCCCACUGUGGGUGAAAUAUUUUAUUAAUUUUGUUAUAUGUUUUGUCUGUGAAUCCUAAAGGUUAAAUUUUAGCUCAUGUGGGAUAGACAGUAGCGAGGUGUGGAAAAAUCUAUGAGUUAUCUUAAUGUCUCUAUGUGAUUAGUAUGGUACCAAUGGUUCACCAUAUGACAUUUACUGAAGAUGAACUGGGGUGUGUGUGCAGUAUGUAUGUGUGUAUAAUCAUGGAAUGGGCCCCACUCUCUUGCUAGAUAUACAAGUAAAAUUUCACCAUGAAAGUUCCAAGUCUUGAAGCUAAUCAGCACCUCAAGAAAGUAUCCAGAAAGAACAUCAGCUAGUUGGUAAUGAGUAGAAGGGAACAAUAUUCUAAGAGCAUGAUUUACAGGGAAGAAAAGGCAAUUGUAAGGAAAGGUAGGCAGGAAAAAUCAGAAUCAACACAAGACUGUGAUAAAACUGAUCAUAAUUUAGAACAUAAUGUAAAAUUACCAGGAAUAGCAACCUUGUGGGGAGGAGAAAAGAAGAAACUCACUUGAAAGAGAGAAGAGGGGCUGGGGGAAUCCUUAACAUACAGGAAAAGAGGACAGGAUGAGAUUUAAGGUGAAUGAAGAAGUUUGGAUAUAAAAAAUAGUUAUUUUUCUCAGUAGUAUGUGCUUUGAAAUGCAUAAAUCUUAUUUCUCUACUUUGUGCCUAGUGUAUAAAGCCACAGUUCACACAAACACAUGCAAUUUAUAUGUCAUAGACAAAUAAAACAAGUGAAUUUGCAAGAGAUUUUGAAUGUUUGGACCAUGAGUAAUCCCUGUUUGAGGUUAAGGAUUAUUCUUGUUCAAUAAAUGCUUGUGAGUU